AUGGCAUCUCGAGUGCCAUUCAGCAAAGAUGCAUUCAUCGACGGCCUGCUGGAUCCCGGUCGUCUUCUUCCAGCCUCUGCCCGAACAGAUCAUAAACUGGUGAGCCCCACGGAAGAGAUCCACAGAUUCCUAAAGAAGGAUUUAAUGGUCAAUAAACUGAAUAAAAUCGACCAAUACCUGUGGCUGGCUGGUCAACCGAUGCCACCCAAGCCCCUGAAUUACCAAAUUGCAACCUCGCGCGAAAUCGCCGUGGACGAGAGAAUCGACAUGCACAUGGUCUGGGAGCACUCUCGACGUAUUCAUCUCAAGCCACUACCACGAUAUCUUCUCGACUCUCAGUUUUGGGAAUCGCACCUUGUCUGUAAGGGACCCUGUUGUGAUUCGCCAGGCGACGAGGUUAUCCAAGAGCAGGCGUGUUCGCGAGAGCUAUACAAAUGCGCUCUUGGUCUUUUGUCUUCCUAUAUGGCCCUUGUACAGUUUGAAAGUGAUUUCUUAAUUGCACACAACUACCAUCUGUUACCAAAUACCAUCACCUGGGAGAUGUGGGUUGCGCUGAACCAGCAGUUGUUGAGGAACGACGCGACGAGCCCCGCGAACAUCAACUCGCGGUAUUUGUUUGGAGAGCUGAGACUGUCGCGACUCAACAAAAUCUACGCAAUUCGCCAUGCUAGCGUCUUUAGCGGCUAUCAAUUCACCUACCAGACGUACAGCGAGCUGUUUUACGACUAUCUUACUCCGCUGACUGCGGCCACCAUCUACGUUGCCUUGGUAUUGACGGCGAUGCAGGUUGGACUGGCGACCGACCGUUUAGGGAUCAAUCCACCAUUCCAGGACGCUUCGUAUGGAUUUACAGUCUUUGCGAUCCUCGCACCUCUGAUCGGAAUUCUGUUAGUUGGGAUUAUUGGGAGCUUGGCCUUCACCAAGAAUCUGAUAGUGUCAUGGAAAUUUAAGCGUCAGCAAUUUGCCUUGCAUGAUCGGUCGCAAAUGCGAAAUAAACUACCUUGA